AUGGAUACUCAUAUUAUUAUUAUUUUAAUAACAUUAAUUAAACUUACUAUCUGUGUACCGCGUUUAAAAUAUCGUUCAUCUGUUAAAGAGAAUGUUGAUCUGUACCAUACAGUUACAUCAUUAGUCGAAAUGUUAAAUUCAUCACAUCAUUCUGGACAACAAACAAUUGAAUUUUUAAAUUCAAAUUCACCCUAUGCUACAUAUUUUCUUGUUGAUGGACAAAAAUUACGAACAUCACGAUUAAUUGAUCGUGAAGAAUUUUGUCGAAUUAAAUUAUGUGAAAAAUCAAUAUGUCGUCCAUGUGAAAUUGAAAUGGAUUUUGUAUUAAAAGAAUUUGGUGGACAACCAAAAGAUAUUAUAUCGUUGAUAUUAAAUGUUGUGGAUGUCAAUGAAUUUCGACCACAAUUUGAUGAUAAAAUUGAAUUAAAUAUUAGUGAAGGUGUACCAGUUGGCCAUGUGCUACCAAUAUCAAGUGCAACUGACAAAGAUGGAGACGAUGAUGAAUUAAUUUAUUGGUUAGAUGAUCAUUUACCUGUUGAAAAAAAUCAAUACCAACAUCAUCGAUUGUCUAAGAGAUUAAAUCCAUUUGAACUCGUAUCGUUUGGCUCAAAUCAAAUCGCGCUUAAUGUAACUGAACCACUUGAUCGUGAAACAAAGUCGUAUUAUGAAUUUUAUUUAACUGCUACAGAUCGUGGUAAUUUAACAUCUUCAACGCCUGUCAAAAUCUAUAUAACGGACAUUAACGAUCAUAUACCUGUAUUUGAAAAAUCGUCAUAUAUCAUAAACAUAUCAGAAUCUCAAACACCCUCAAUUACUCAACCAUUACUCACUGUUCAUGCAUACGAUAAUGAUUCAAAUGAAAAUGGUCAUGUUAAAUAUAAUUUCUCAAAUAAACACAGUCAAGAUGAACAACGACAAAUUCCAUUUCGUCUCGAUGAUGAAACUGGUCAAUUAUUUCUAAUUAAACAAUUAGAUUAUGAACAAUACAAAGAAUAUCGUCUACAAAUUAGUGCUCAGGACUGUGGUCCAGGAUCAGUGCCUGUGUAUGCCACCAUUAUAAUCAACGUUGAAGAUGAAAAUGACAAUCAGCCAACAAUGAAUCUACGUGUAUCUGAAUAUUUUUUACUUUCUAAUGAUACUUUAUACAUUGGUGAAGAUACUCCCAUUCAGACACUGUUGAUGCAUAUUAUUGUGCAAGAUUUAGAUUCUGAUCUUAAUGGUGAUGUACAAUGCUGGUUCGAAAGUACAGAUGGUGAUCAACGAAUAAAAUCAAUGCUAAACAUAACAAAUUCAUUGGGAAACAUGUUUGCUCUCUAUACAUCACAAAUAUUCGAUCGUGAACAAAAAUCAGAAUACGCAAUUCAAAUUGUUGUCGAAGAUCUUGCUAUUAAACAACGACUACGUACAACAAGACAACUGCGCAUUUUUGUAAACGAUGUCAAUGAUGAAUAUCCUAUGUUUAAGGAAAAAACAUAUGAAAUAAAUAUACCCGAAGAAACGUUAGAUGUAAAAUUGAAGAGAGUGGAAGCAAUAGAUCUUGAUUCGAAUGACAAUGGCCGUGUAACAUAUCAACUGAUCAGUAGUGAUAGCAGUGAUCAAUAUUAUUUUUAUAUUAAUUCAACAACAGGUGAACUAAAACUUUUACAAAAAGUUGAUCGUGAAGAAAAAUCAUUGUAUAAUUUAACAAUAAAGGCAGAAGAUAACGGUUAUCUCAUUCAUUUAUCGACAAAUGUGUCAUAUAUAAUUCAUGUAAAUGAUAUUAAUGAUCAUCAGCCAAUUUUAGAAAAACAAUCCUAUGUAUUCAAUGAUAUUCGAGAAGAUAGUCCGUUAAACACAUCAAUUGGAUUUAUAAGAGCAUUUGACAAAGACGAAGGAAAUAAUAGUUUAAUUGAAUAUAAAAUAUUAAAUAAUGACAAAUUUAUCAUUUCAAAAUUGACUGGAGAAUUAUUCGUUAAUGAUCAAUUAGAUUAUGAUAUGAAUGUAACUUGUUAUGAAAUGAUUGUAUUAGCAAUAGAUAAUGGUUAUCCAAAACGUUUAAAUUCAACAGCAACUGUUCAAGUUUGUUUACAAAAUGUGAAUGAAUAUAAACCAGAAUUACUAUGGCCUAAACAAGAUAAAGAUGGUAUCAAUGCUUAUAUCAAUAUUUUGAAUACAUCACUGUUUAUUCUACGUGCUAAUGAUAAUGAUCGAUCGUUGACGUCGAAUAUAACAUUUCAAUUUGAUAAAAAUCAACCUAAUGAAACUAUGAUAUCAUUGUUUGAAUUAAAUUCAAAUGGAAUCUUAAAAAUCUUAAAUAAACAUUUGAAUGGCAUAUAUGAAUUAUCAAUUGUAAUUAACGAUAAUGAUCUACCUUAUGAAAAAUUAACAUUUGAAACGAUUCGACUACUUAUUUAUGAUAAUAUUUUAUCUCGAGAUGAAAUAUUAUCUAAUUAUCGAUCAAAAACAACAACUACCACCAAAUCAACAGCACGCGAAAAUACAUUUCUUGUUCCAAAGAAAAAUAAAUUGAAAUAUCAAAAAUUAACAAUAGAAAUGUUUAUUAUUCUAAUUACGGUCAUCUUACUUUGUCUUGCUCUCGUUAUUGUCUGCUUUAUUUCGUGUAUAUCGUGUCGAAAACGAUUUUAUGAAUGGAUUAAAAUUAGUCGAAAUAAUCGAAAAAAGAACAAAGAUUUAUUACAACACCAUAAUAGAGAUGUGGAAAAACUAAAAUCAUGUUUAAUAACAAAAAAUCUGAAUAAUAAUAAACGAUUCACAUUAUUAACAACAUCGCAAGCAAACAAAAAAGGAGUUUAUUAUGCUGAAAGUCAUUGCCUGUUGAAUGAUAAUUCUUUGGGUGAGGGUGGUACAGCGAGUCACCGCAGUGAUGCCAGCAGCCCUUAUAAUAAAUUACAAGCCUCUAUAGCUGCCAGCAGUCGAUCCAGUGAAGAUACAGUGAAUGAUGAAAGUUCUUAUAAUGACAGUUGUUAUGGAAGUUCCGAUAUGGAGAUGUAUCAUAAUGGACGUUUAAUAUCAUCAAACGAUGGCAUUGCGCCUCCAUCGACACCAGUCACCACUAUUGAAUCGUCCGAAACUGGUAGAAUUCUUUUAAAUGAAAAUUAUAUUUUCAUCCAAAAAGAUAACGAUAAUAACAACCAUUCUCCAUCUACGUCUUCAUUAUCAUCUUCAGCAAACAACAGCAACAACAGCCAUCAUAAUCUUUCACAAACAACAUCCUCAUUAAAACAUCAUGCAACAUUAAUAAAUUCAUUGACAAGUUCUUCUUCUCGUCCUGUCUUUAGUAAUCGUAAUAGUAAUGAUAAUAAUCCUGCUGCUGUAAUAACGACAUGUCAAACAUCUCGUAGUCAUACUCAACAAUAUAAAACACAAUUGACGGAUCCUAAUUAUGAUUCAUCAAUAAGAACGGAGCCAAAAUUACCACACAUGAUUCAUAUUAGACGAUUAAGAGAACAGCAACAACAAUCAAAAUUAUCUCCAACAAAAAAAGAUGAUUCAAUGGAUUUUUUUAAAAGUGAAGAUGAAUAUCGAAAAAUAUUGAAUUGUACAACAUUGAAUAUAACGCCAUUAAAUGAAUACUAUUUGUAA